CAUGAAUGAGGACUCAGAGGCUCGUCAGUCAGCGAGUCGGGAACACACUGUGGGCGGGGCGAUGGGAUCGUGCAGUCAUCGAUCCGUCCGUCCACCAAACAUACCAUUGCACGCCUUCCUUCCUUCGUCCAUCGACACGAUACAUGAUCACUGAGUGAAUGAAUGAGAUAAGUAGAAAGAAGAAAGGGCACUCGUGCGGGCACACACACACAUGCGCAGCAAAAAGACCACCGCCGUGCAUUUAGUGCAUUUAGUCGGCCGCUCAUCGUCUACUAUGUACAGGACACACACCACACACACCACUCCGCCGCACCGCGCCACUCACGCGUGUGUCUAAGUGUGUUGUGCCUCAGAUCUGCAUGGCGUAUAUGGUGACGAUGCAGUCCAUCGUGUCGUUGCCAACCUGCAUGCAGCACAAACCUGACACACACACACACACACAAUCCGCCACGCGCACAAGUCAGGAGCCGUCAAUCUGGCUGACCGUCAGUCUUGGUGUCCCAGAACGCGGUCGCCGCCGUAUGCAGCGGGGCGCCGUUCUUUUGCAUGAUGAUGCACGUCACUGCAUGGCACGAGCAGAACAGACGAGAGAGGCGGUACGGUCACAACCGUGCCUUCCUUCUCACUCGUGUGCUUCUCUCUGCGUGUGUGGAUGUCUACCGCAGUAUUUGAACGGCUUGUCGAGUUUCGAUAGCUCCUUGAGGCAGCUGUCGAUGAUCUGCUGGCACCACUGGUUGACCUUCUCACGCGUGUACGUCACGUUGGUCAACGUCGAGUUGAUGGCCUGAAUGAAUGAAAGUCACACACCACGCCGGGCACUCACUCAAGCGUGUGCGGCUGCCCUCGUGCUUUGCAGCCUAGCCUCUCUGUGCUCUUUCUGCCCACGUGUUUGGCGAUUUCCUGCACCUGCUCCGUCACAAACUCAUUCUGAGUCAAGCAAAUCACAUGCAGCAACACAACGAACAGGGACACAUUCCAUCAACUCGCAAGAAGGAAGCUGCUUCUCGCAAAUUGUGCGCUCAGGCUGCUCAAGUGAGGAUGCCCGGCUGCCUGCCCAGCCCCUCUGACCUCUCCCUCGUCGUCCAUCGCCGCAACAGCCACUCACAACCGACACGAGACCGCGAUCGAACCUGACGCUUCCUCUAUGCUCCAAGGCACCUCAG